UUUCUCUUGGGAGUUGUCAGCGUUCAUGAAAUAGUACACGGGCGGUUUUCCGGAAACUUUUGAACCCGAUGUCUCGUAGGGAUGUUUUUGUAUCCGAAAAGCUUGUCGGAUCCAUGAGGACGCAACAAUGUCUGACCCAAGCUAAAAGCUUUAUUGCGUUAUUGAUUGAAGAAAGCCAUCAUCGUUAUCUCUGCUUUUUUUUUUCUCUUGAACUUGUUUAUUCUUUAAUUAUUUGCGGGCAGCUAAACAUGGCUACGUUGAGCUCGCGCAUUUUUGAAAAAUCAUUUACGCGGAUGUAUAAUAAUGGGCGCGUACAUCUGAAGAAAACAAACUGCGAUUCUCGUUAUUGAUAUCGGAUUUGUAACGGUUGGUUGUGCUCGUGGGCGAAGAACUGCGCGUGUUACAAUCGAUAAGGAUCCCCCGUGCAAUCUGCUUUUCACAUAUCUGCUUUUUGAGAUUAUUUACUUCCGCCUCCCGCGUCUUCGACGAUCACCAAGUGCAAUAACACGUUGUGUAUCGCUCGCUAUGGUGUACAUCCUAGCCACAGCCCAAGCUUAUCUUACCCGACGCCUUCCACGUGGAACCAAUCACAAAAUGUUUUGACGAAACGGAAAACCUAAACCAAACCCUAUCACGUUACUUCGUGUUGAAUAUAUAAACGCCAGCUCCUGUUGAAGUUUCAUAUUAGGAGUGGAUUGUUCAUGCAGAGGCUUUCGCAGCGGGAAAGAAAACUUUGUACCGAAUAAGUUGUCAUCAGAUGACCACAUAAACUUUCUACUUACGUAAUAUAAGUCUGUGGCCAUUAGUUUGUAUACGACGAAGAGAAAGAAUAGAAAUUUUGGAUCGUCUGUGUCGAAAAAGUCGUUCUUGAAUCAUUUCGCAGUGCAUGUGGAACUAAGCCGAAGUGCAAGAGUCGAAAAUUUUAACUUGAGAAAGCAAGUGUUAUCAUUUGCCGACGGUAGCUCGGAGGGCUCACAAAACAACAGUUCAAAAGAUCGUCGAAGUUUUGCUUUGAAGGAGAAUUCGAAUCGAGUCAUGACGAACUUCUAUCGUUAUUCCUUUCCCCUAUCACCGUGUUCCCCGGGUGGAAAAUUAUCAAAAACAUUCUCUGAUGUCUUAAACGAGAACAUUAUCGCGCAGAGGCAAGACAAACGCGCCGUUUCACUUAUGCCGGAGAUUCUGCUUCACUCGGCCGUUCUUGAGAACAACAUUGAAGAAAUUCUAAGACUUGUUAAAGUCGACGGCAUCGAUGUAAAUCGUGGCACAGAGCUGGGAUUAUUCACACUCCAUCAAGCGGCUUUUUCAGGUCUCGAGGAAAUCACGGAGAUCUUAGUGGAAGGCGGAGCGGAUUUGAAGAUUACCACACCUGAAGGAGUGACAGCUUUAGAAGCGGCCGUCUGCGCUGGAAACUUCGAAUGUGCUGAAAUUCUAAUUCGUAAUGGUGCACCUGUUGACAGCAUCAGAGACGGUUUCGUCGACCGCAGCUUUUUUAAAUCCAAAGGAAGGAACUUGGUGUUUGUACCAACUGGAAAACGAUGAAAAGUGAGGGUUUUAAUAAGUUACAGGUGUUUCUACGGGGUUGGUGUUGAGUUUGUGUCUGUCUAUACGGCGCGACUGCAUCUAAUUCAUUCACUGCGAAGUUGACUUGGCGUUAAUGACGUUGUGCUAUCUCAUAUCUACACGCCGACGAACAAAAAUUCACAGGAAAGUCACGCUUGCGUUUUACAUGGCGCCUUUAAGAGUCAAUUUUCUUUUCGUUUGUCUCCAUUUCGAUGUUUUUGAAAACAACAUUCCGAUGGAUUGAAAAUUUAUGUUUCUUUGAAAGAGGAACUGUUUGCUCGAAGUCGAUUUGUGAGAGGACGCUUAUAAUGUCUAAUUUUUUCGAGAAUUUUAUUUGGUCCGUUAAAAUUUUUGCGAUGAGCUUUUUUUUAUCAGCGAUAUUCGAUAAUUUUCAUGUGUGAACUUUGCUCAAACAACUAGGAAUUUCUGUCAGAAAUUGUCGAUACCAAACCUUGUCAUCCGUACAUCUUUUACUUGUUAAAUUCCUUGAGUUUUUAUCAAAGUUGCAAUUAGUCAUUGGGGUAUUAUAUGCUCAUUUGCUGUUGUAACUUCUUUUAAUGUGUACUGAAAUGACGAUUAGCUAAGUAAUUUACAGAUCGUGAUAGUAAGUUGAGGUUUAAAUUUUCACAAUGCACAAUACUUCGAUUAAGAUUUUUUCAUUUUUACAUUUACACUUCGAGUGUGAAAAUAUUUUUAUUCUUCUUUUAGCGUUUAACGUAUGCAUUGGAAAUUCAACCUCGUGGUUUUAAAAGCGAAAAUCCAUCGAGCUUUCUAACUUUUCCACGCUCUCGCAUUUUUGAACAUAUUGUUGUAUAAAGCUUGCUUUACACGACAACAUGUAAUCCAAAUUAUUGUCCUAAGUGUAAAUGGGUCGACCUGUGUUGUUAUCUCAUGUCCAUAUCGUAAAGAUUAAGUCAAAUCUUUUUAUUCAAUUGACGUCAACAGUGCUCUUAGCAUCGAUAACGCCAUGCCUGGUUUUCCUGUCAAUUUCUGUUUGUCGUGUCCAGCAUAUCUUUGUUCGCCCAUUUACUUUAAUGCAAAGAACCAUGCUUGAUAUAUUGUCCCAUAGCAUUUAUCUUGUAGCUUCACUUUAUGCCACUCGUUUCAUUUGCCAAAAGGCGAACGAAAUUGUGAAGCAGCUACAAAUUCAAUGACCUGUUUGUAUCGACGAGACUUCCUGGCUACUUCAUGUUGUUUUUGAUUUGUUUCAAGUUAUUGCAAGAAUUUGAGUUUUUGAAAUAACUGUGCCUUUGUCUCGAGCAUUACGAGGUAUUCACAGUUCGUCGUUACGAAGUGAAAAGAUUUUUUAAUGUACACAUGAAGUAUCCAUGCUGAUGGGCGUGUCUCGUAUAUCAGUUUACAGUCUAGCAACUCCAUCUUGGCCUUAAAUUGACAUUCAUUUAACCAUCAAUUGCCAGCGAUUUAUGAACUAACCGCUUGCCUCGUGCUAUAGGCGUGUGGCAGCAAUGCAGACUUUAAAAGUCUACGAGAGCUGUAAUAGACGAAGCCAUAAAGGCGAAAGAUGUAAUGUUAUCAUUUGGGGGGUCGGCAAUUACAACGCUGAUUGAUGUGAGAACUUCAUUUUCAUUAGCGUAGGUCUUUGGCAACAGCAUUGAAAGCCGUUGGGUGGUUUUUAUCAUAAAAAAAAUUAUAUUAGACAGCAGGAUAGGGAAUUUCUGUAAUGCUUGUCUGUUUCUUGAAGCAUGAAAACUGAGAAGAUGAACGUUCGUCAACCUUAAUGAAAUAUAUUUAUUUAUGUGAUUGAAAGAGUUUGUACAUAGACGGAGGAAAAUAUUUUAUUUAUAUUUUGUGUAAUAAAUAUCACUGAUUACAAA